UAUUGCCAGCGCAGUGUAGGCAGCUAGAUCGGGAUUAAUAUAAAUAACUAUAUUUUAUAUAAACAAAAGCAUGGAUCUCACCAACAAGAAUAUUAUUUUUGUGGCUGGACUUGGAGGCAUUGGCCUGGACACCAGUCGCGAGCUGGUCAAGCGCUCUCCCAAGAACCUGGUGAUCCUUGAUCGAGUUGACAAUCCCGUCGCUGUUGCUGAGCUGAAGGCAAUGAAUCCCAAGGUGACCGUUACAUACUAUCCAUAUGAUGUAACUGUACCUGUGGUCGAGACCGUCAAGCUGCUGAAGACCAUUUUCGCCAAGGUGAAGACCGUCGAUGUGCUCAUCAAUGGCGCCGGCAUCUUGGACGAUCAUCAGAUCGAGCGCACCAUUGCCAUCAACUUCACGGGCCUGGUCAACACCACCACCGCCAUGAUGGAGUUCUGGGAUAAGCGCAAGGGCGGUCCAGGCGGCGUUGUUGUCAACAUUUGCUCCGUCACCGGUUUCAAUGCCAUCUACCAGGUGCCCGUCUACAGCGCCUCCAAGGCGGCUGUAGUGAGCUUCACCAUGUCCAUGGCGAAACUCGCGCACAUUACUGGCGUCACUGCCUUCUCGGUGAAUCCCGGCAUUACCAAGACCACGCUGGUGCACAAGUUCAACUCCUGGCUGGAUGUGGAGCCACGUGUGGCCGAGCUGCUGCUGGAGCAUCCCACCCAGACCACACAGCAGUGUGCCCAGAACUUUGUCAAGGCCAUUGAGGCGAACAAGAAUGGCGCAGUCUGGAAGUUGGACUUGGGUCGCUUGGAUUUGGUUGAAUGGACCAAGCACUGGGACUCGGGCAUCUAAGCUGACGGCCAAAUUGCAUUUGAUUUCAUAACUGAACCCUUCACACUUUUAUAAUCACACUGAAAGCUUUGCUAUCUCCAAAUACAAAAACAAUGAUGCGAUAAAA